AUGUCUGAUGUUGACGAAGACAUCGGGCAUACAGUGGUGCAUUUCCUAUACACAGGUGGCUACGAGACAGUCGGUUCGCCUCUUGGCGAAGGCAUAUCAGAUCUUGCUAGAGAGUACAAGAGGAGCGUUCUAGUCUACCAUGCGUCAAGGAUUUGGGGUCUUACUAAUCUAGAAGUUCUUGCUCAAGAAAAGAUGCAGAUCUUGGACGAGGAACUUCCCAUUCUUGAAAUCUUGCGGGUUGUGAGGGGGGUGUUCUCAAGCCUCCCCCCUGAUGAAGCCUGGCUUCCAGAUUACAUUCGAGGAAAUUUGCAGCAUUUACUUAAGCCGAAUGAUCCAGGACUUGGUUUGCGUGAAUUUUACGAUAUUAUUGGUCAAGACCAUGAGUUUGACAAUGCGGUGAUGAAAAUGGUUCUUGAGAUACUAUCUCUUCGCAUAUAUUCUAUGAAAGAUCAGCACGGUAAUUCAUCUUCAACAGAUUAA